AAACCCCAGCGUAUACAUUCCUCUUCCUACCCAUUGCUACCCGGGAACAGCUCCAGCAUGCCCAGAUCCAUAGUCAUCAGGGGAGAGGAGCCCGCUGUGCGUGGCCGGGCCCUCGAUCGAGGCCCCAGCAAAGAGAGAUCUGAAACUCCAUCAACGUCUUCCAACCCGACCCCACGGAAAAGGCCCUUAUCAAUCGCAAAGUCCUGGGCGCCUCUGACAGUGGGCAGUGUAAAAUACUAUAGUCGACACAAGGGGGAGAGUCAAUCAAUCUCUCGCGUGGGACCCCUUCUCCUUAUUCUCUCCGCCGUGACGCUAGCACUGAUCCCGUUGUCACUUCCCUGGACGAUUGCAAGAAUGGCCUCCGAAGACGGUGUUCCUGCCUCCACGUUCUCUCCAUCAGUCAAUUCCUGCGCUUUCUCCCCGGAUACCCGGAUCCUCCUCACGUGCUGCGAUGACAACCAAGUGUACAUGUGGGAGUCUCGGAGCGGGCGUUUGCUUCGGAAGCUGCAGGGCCACACAGGCCCAGUACGAUUCUGCAAGUUCUCUCCUAAUGGCAAAUAUUUUGCAAGCGCCUCUCGUGACUGCACUGUCAGGCUGUGGGAUGCAAAAACCAGCAUCAUAUGCCUCCAUGUUCUGAAAGGUCACUCCCGGAGUGUGGAGACAGUCAGCUUCAGUUCAAACUCCAAACGCCUGGUAUCUGGAGGCUGGGAUCACAAGGCGAUCCUCUGGGAUGUGAAGAAAGGCCAGAUGAUCACUGAACUCCUUGGACAUCACGAUGCCAUCCAAAGCAGUGACUUUUCUUCCGUUUCAGAAUAUCUUGCAACUGGCUCCUGGGAUUCCACAGUCCAAGUCUGGGACCUGAGCAUAUUGGGUAACAUUAGAAAAAAAACACUGGAAGGCCAUGAAGGAAACGUCAGCUGUGUGUGUUUCUCCCCAUCUGGGCUCCUGGCCUCAGGUUCCUGGGACAAAACUAUCCGGAUCUGGAAUCCGGAAACAGGGAAGCUCCUCAUUCAACUGUUAGGACAUCUGACCUGGGUGAAGAGCAUGGCUUUCUCUCCUGAUGGGCAUCAGAUGGCUAGCUCAGAAUACUCUGAAAUGGUCAAAAUCUGGGAUUGUAAGACUGGAAAAUGCACAGAGAGCCUGAGGGGUGUCUUAGAAGUGGCCCAUGUCUGCGCUUUCACCCCAGAUGGGAAGUUGCUGGUUUCAGGGUCGGCCGAUCACCGAAUAUUUGGAAGAGAUGCAGCAGAUCGAAAAUUAUUUGGAGAAUAUUCCAGGCGCUCUCAGCCAAGCCAGCUACCCUCUCAGAAGUUAGCUCUAAAUAACAGCAGCUUGAAGGUCACUAGAAUACAUAGUCCAGGUGUACGUAAGCUGGAACCAGAAGCUUCAAUGAAAACAACUAUGAUCCAGAGCCCCAUUUCUACCUCACAAUGAGAACAUGGAAAAACUAAGACCUAAGUCAAGCGAUAAGUUUAAAACAACGCAGUUAACCUUACAUUCAACAAUCAAGAGAAACUAAGUCUUCUUAUGAAAUAAGUACCUUACACAGUAACCAAUAAACAGUCAACACACUCCAACCUCAGCUUCUUAAAAA